AUGCCGGGUGUUGACAUUGUCGCCUUGUUGAACGAUGAGUAUGGUGCUUCGACUCGGGAAGGCAAACAACACUUUCAUGACCAAGAUGGUAAUUUACGUGAAAUUACGCGACCACAGGUAUUUGAGGACUAUGAAUCACAAAGAAAUUCCGUGGAUAUUGCCAACAAUCGGCGCGAUGAUCUAUUCUCUUUCCAUGACGUCAUGCGAACAUAUCGCUGGGAACUGCGCUGUCUAUCCCUCUUUUUAGGUGUUAUCGAAGCCAAUUCUUGUUCCGCUUAUAAGCAUUCGCUUCAAGUGGCUCUACCACCACAACAGUAG